CUCACAAUGGCAUUAGCUAUACCCAUGAAACUAGAUGCCUUUGUCUUCAACAAGGCUGUCUGUAAUGGGAAGAAAGAUGACGCCCGAAUUGCGCCAAUCAACCAGCCCAAUUAUACCUUCUUGCGCAUGGAGAAUUACAUGGCACUGAGUGACUUGCUGCCCCAUACCGACCUAGAAAAUGCCAGUCCAGCUUCGCGCAACUCCCGAUACACGGAUCUGGGGACGAGAGAGCCGCGGACCUCGCGGUGCGGCGUGUAUGUGCAUUGGUCCCUUCCACGAGCUUUUCGAGGAGGAGAGGCGAAAGCCAGCACCGACCAGACCUCUCGUACACAGCCAGCGCAAUCAGACAAGCCGCAGAAGGAUAGCCCGAAGGAGAACGAUGAUAAUUCUGCGCCCUCAUUCCCGCUUGUGCCAAACCGCUGGCUGGUGAUCCGCAGUCUGGACCCCGAGGCCAAGACGACACUUCCGCAAGGCGCGUCCAUCCCUGCUGUGACCGCAUGGGUCAUUGAGAGCGAUUGUAUGCGAAGAAUCGAUGAUCUGGGGCUUGACGUGGACCUGCAGGUGGACGUUUCCCCCUUCAUCAACUCCGUGGCGACAAAGCACCCGGAUCAGAUCCUGAUGAGCGAACAGGCCGAGGUCUUCAUCGGACGGUGUACGCCUGUCAGCGAGUGGCAGAAGAGACAACAGGAGGAGCCUGCAGACCGAAUCGAUCUCACAGUGGCUAGCAGCUCCAACCAGCUCUUCCCUGAUUUCCAAUACCACUGCGGAAACGUCUUCUCCAUGCUUGAUACCUUUGCGUACACGGAGAAGGGCGAGAAAAAGCAUCUUACCGCAGCGCACGCAGAUUACUAUGUUGUUGGAUGGCAGACGGAGAAAGACCAGGAUAUUCUGGCCAAGAAAGGAACUGAUCCAGAGAACAGGACGCGGAGGGACCGCCUCGAGGCCCACGGUCUGCAAUUCCCAGAUGCUGUACUGAGCGAAGUCAAGGACUGGUUGAAGAAUUCAGACUCGGCGCGAUCAAUCUGCCACGGCGCCAUGUACGACGUGAUCUGGGACCUGGAGGAGCUUCCCCCCAUCAUCCCAGCCAACAAGUGUGGUGCGAGAUUGGGGAAGCCCUCUGCCGUCGCGGUGGGCACCACAGCGAUGGAGACGCUCCUGACCUACGCAGCGGCGCACCACCACCCAGACAGCCUGGAGGGCGACAUACACGGACUGCGCACGUAUUUACGCGCCGAGGAUGAUAGUCUGGACGCGCAAGAAGCCGCCGAAGAUGAGGUGCAUGAUGGGAAUUUUAUGCAUCUGGACGGCGGGACACAUCACUACUUUGGCCAUCAGGACGAAGACCACCCUGCACAGCCACCCCCGGACACGGUGAAGAUACAACUGGGCAGGCUGAAUGCCGGACAGCAUUUACUAGAUGCAAUGAUGCGUCGCAAACGCCAGCUGCAGUGGGAGAUGUUCGCCACCUGGUGGAAGUAUAUCUCUGAUAUCGACAACAAGGACAAAAGCAGAACCCCCAUCUACAAGGUCGCCGUGCAGCAGAUCCAAGCAAGUUUGCACCUGCUCCAGCUUGCCAUGGAUGGACUCCGGGGCCAGAUGAAACCCGCCACGGACAUCAUCAGCGGUGCCGGCGCAGCACCCAAGGCCGGAACCCUACGGGAGUUCGUCCAGCAACGCGAUCCAACACUCCUCAUCGCAGGCGUGCAGGCGGGGUGGCCGCGUGAUUUCCAAAAGCCUCUGCCGGUCCGUCUGAAGAAACAUUUCGUGGUGUCUGAUCCGCCGCCGUCCUUGGAUAAGAACGCGUUUGGACUGGAGUCGAAAUGUGUGCCUGACGACCUCGAGGAACCGAUCAUCGCGCUGAUGCAGGAGUUUCUGCUGCUCCGGAGAAUGAAGGUCUCUGAUCCAACCAGAGGAACACAGAUUCCGCCUCUCUAUCAUGAUCCCACGUAUGUCGGGGAUAACAUCCCCGUCGAAGACAAUCCCUUUCGGGAUCACUGGGCGGAUCAACAACCGUGGUUCCCGCUGUACAUUGAGUGGGAGGGCCUCUACAUAGAUAUCCCCUUUGAAGAAUGGCGCCUACAGCAAAAGCAAACCUCUCGGGGGACGCUAACAGAGUACACCCAGUACGUUGUGAAGGAGGAUCUCUCUAAACAACAAUAUAGAGAUCGACGUGUACUCUCCGGCCGCAAUCUCAUCCUUCCUCAACCGUCUUUCACGUUAAAGGCGCACAUUCAGCGGAUCCUCCAAAUCAUUCCUCCAAAGGAACUCGACGAACUGCUUCCUGAACCACGACGUACCGAGAUCGAGAGCAAUAUCGACCGUUUCGCCUUCCUGUCGGCCCCUCUGUCAGGCUUCACGGACCACCUUCUCACGCUGGCCACCGGGAGCCAUGUGAAGCCGCUGGUGCGGGCUCCAGGGAAACGUCCCAUUGCGUUACGAGACGCAGUCAAGGUCGGCGCGGCCAUCGGGCUGGAGCCGGCGCACCUUGAGCUCAUCGACACGGAAUCAGAUCCCACCCCUUACGGAUCCAACAUGAGCCUGGUAGGGCACGACGAGUUUUCGGCCUUCAAACCUGUCACCCAUGGUCAGUUUCGCUUCACGCGGCUCAAUAUUAUCGACAAAUUCGGGCAGGCCAUCAGCGCUCUCCCACUCCCCGCUGAGGGUGAAUCCCGCGAGCGAAGGGCCCUAUUCCCCUGCGUGGCAGACUAUUAUGCACCGCAAAGUCUCUCCGAGGAUGGCGAACCGAACGUCAUUGAGCCACAUCCUCCUGGAGCCGUGAGCCCUAAAGACUGUGAAUUCAUCCAGCUGCCACCAGCCAUUAACCAGCCAGCCCGGCUGAAUGCAGCCUUCCUGUCGCUGGACCAUGAAAGAGACACAUCCAAGACGAGCGGCUUAGGUGAUCCCUUCUGGCGUCCCUCGUCGGACUGGGAAAGCCCUCUCUGGGGCUGGGUCAUGGUCAACUACGUCGACCGAAGCAUCCAGCUCUUUCUCCCCGACGGGAGGUUCUAUCGGGAAGUGCGUGUCACAGAGGGCACCAAUGCAGACGACGUCCAGUGGCAGCCCUUCCCACGUCCCAAGGACCAAGGCGAGGCGAAGAACCCGCAGCUGGAACGACUUGUCCGGCAUCUCAUCGACCCCAAACAAGAGUACCUACUUGAAUUCAUCGAGAUGAUCGACCACGCGCUACGGGACACCGCGCCACCCCCCGCUGCCUAUGGCGCGUUCCCGAAUGCCCUAACAGGGCGUCCGCUGGCGCUGGCAAACCUGGGCAUUUCACUGGAGCUUUCUGAGAAACCCCGAGCCAACCAGUCGACUGUCCGCGAUCAGCAAGGCCAUCCAGGCCUCGAUCUCCUGAAGCGUUACAAAUUCCCCGUGAAACUGGGCAACGCUUCGCGGCGAACAGACGGGCUAAUAUGUUACUUUGACAAAUAUGACGAGACAAGGACAGCCGCUGAUCCUGGUCCGGAUCCUGAUCCUGAUCCUCGCGGCCCCGGCAACGACCUAGACUUGAAGAACAUCUACACCUACAGCUACGACAAGGAAAAGAGAAAGGCAGAGAAACCCCAACAUCUCAACCCGAUUCCCGAGUCGGAUCUCCCAACCCUCGCAGUGUACUGGGACGACCCGGAGAAAUACAUCAAGAUCUCGAACCCCAGGGACAUCGACGCUACGCCCUACGAGGUCUCCCGGAACCAGAAGCUACGGCCCUUUGGCGCGCUGAUCGACCCUUUCCUGCCACUGCAUGCCUACACGGGCAUUCUCCCGACGCAAACGCUCCGGUUGCCGACCUGGACGUGGGAAUCAGCCCUCAAGAAGAUUGUGACUUUCUUCCACGUCGGUCCGAUCCUGGUGCCGGGCGACGUGCCUCGAUUUGACAUUGCGCAGGAGCUCUCAGAGCAGAAAUGGGAACAGCAAAAGGGGAAACCGGGGACUCAGCCUACAGAAGGACACGAGGUGCAGCUGCCGGCGUUGGCCGUAGCCGACUGGAGUUGGCUGCAGCCUUAUGCCUCGAAGAAGUACAUGGCGCUGGGGAUUCGUCAUACCACGCCACAAGUCGACGGCCAGCUUGGUCCCCACACCGCGAUUGAGGGCUAUCUGCAAAUGAACACCGCGAUGGAAAGUAAGGGAAAGUAG